AUGCCCAAGAGGAAGGUCAGCUCUGCCGAGGGGGCAGCGAAGAAGGACCCCAAGAGGAGGUCGGCAAGGUUGUCAGCUAAACCUGCUCCUGCAAAAGUGGAAGCGAAACCAAAAAAGGCGGCGGGAAAGGAGAAAUCUUAAGACAAAAAAACAAAGGGGAAAAGGGGAGCAAAGGGAAAACAGGCUGAAGUGGCUAACCAAGAAACAAAAGAAAACUUACCUGCAGAAAACGGAGAAACUAAAAACGAAGAGAGUGCAGCCUCUGAUGAAGCAGGAGAGAAAGAAGCCAAGUCUGAUUACUAUCAUAUCCCAUGUCUUACCAGUGGUCCCUGUCUCCCUUCUUGUACAAUCCAGAGGAAUAUUUUUAUCAACUAUUUUGUAAAUGCAAGUUUUUUAGUAGCUCUAGAAACAUUUUUAAGAAGGAGGGAAUCCCACCUCAUCCCAUUUUUUAAGUGUAAAUGCUUUUUUUUAAGAGGUGAAAUCAUUUGCUGGUUGUUUAUUUUUUGGUACAACCAGAAAAUGGGAUAUUGAAUAUGGGAGGCUUUGAUCGUCUUGGGUGUCAGCUUAACAUUCCAUAGAUGGGGUAGUUUUUAUAUCGUAUAAUAUCAAGCAUACUAAAAUGGCAAUUUGGAGUCAGUCGUGCAUUUAAUAUGUCUUGAACAUUUUAAAUUACUUCUAUUCCCAUGUUGUUUUUGGUAGAAUUGUUUCCUAAAGAAAACCACUCCUUGAUCUUGGCUCUCCCUGUCAGAAUUUUGUGCAUUCUGUAACAUCUUGGUCGUGGUAGUCCAGUUUCCUAGUAAC